AACCGGUAGUUGGGUUUGACGGAAAAAAGAUGGCGAGGAGGUUGUUGUUUAACACUGAAGGCUGUAUGAUGUUUUCAUGUAAAGGCGAAGGCUCUCGGCUCGUUAUUCGUAAACAUUAGUCGUGGAACUAAAAUAAGCGUUAAUGUCUCCCGGAAGUAGCAGCUGUAACAUUUGGACAGAUUCCCCGGCAGCGUGACAGGGAUGGAGCUGUGUCACAGGGAGCGCCUGUCACAGCUGGUGGAGGAACUGACCACAUCUGGACAGCCGCAGCUCAACCAGGACAAGGUCAAGGAGCUCAAGAAGAUCAGCAAAGUGUCUAAUGACUGCAUAGACCAUGUAUACCACUCGGUGAUGUCCCAGCUGAACCAAGAACAUGCUGAGAUCCGACUGUCGGCCUUCCAGAUAGCCUGUGAGCUCUUUUCCAGAUCCCAUCACUUCCGGACGCUGCUGGUGGACAACCUCCAGGGGUUCUUGGAGCUGACUGUAGAGACGGACACUGAGCAGCCCCUCCCUCCUCCUAAAGAGGUGGCUAGGAAGCUGAGGUCGCUGGCCAUUCAGACGGUCCAAUCCUGGCAAACCUCUUACGGCUCGGCCUAUAAGAAGCUGGAACUCGGCUACCACUUCCUCAAACAGGUUAAGAAGGUGGACUUCCAGGAUGCCGAGGCUAGGACGGUAGCAGAGAGGAGAAGGGAGGAGGAGAGACAGAGAAAGAUGGCGAGGAUCUACAAAGCAAGAGUGGAGGCAGCAGCCAAAGACAUGGAGGAGUCAUACCAAGACAUCGAGGCAGCGCUGACUGAGAUGGAGUCCUGCAUGAAGCUGCUUUUCCCUGAGUUUGGCCUCAUAGACCUCCACACCGGCAACAGCUGCCCCUCUGACUCCCAGCCGGACAAAAGCUGCCGGUCGGAUGAUGAAGAACCCCGCUGCAGUAGAAACCUGACGGAGAACAAGAGCAGAGGAGAGGAUUGGUCCUCCAAAGUGGAGAAGGUGGGCUGCAGAGAUGACAAGAACAACCCUGGGAAGGAAAGCACAGCAGACAGAGGGAUGAUGGAGAAGAAGGGGAGUGACACGGAGGAGGAAAACGGUGAGAGAAGGUGGGAAGAUGAGAGAGAAGAGGAUCAGGAGGAAGAGGAAGGACUGGAGGAAGAAAGAGAAGGAGCAGAGGAAAAUAGUGAAGAAGAGGAGGAUGAAGGGUUGACGGAUGUAGACUCGUUUAUCAGGAGCUCUGGGCUCAUCUCUCACACUUACAGCCUGGAUGUGAACCUCAGUCCUGUUCUUCAUGUGAAAGAGACAGAAGACAACGAGCCAGUGGUUUCCACCAUGAUGGAGCUCCACAGGCUGAUCAGCACCAAACACCUGCCCGCUGUGCAAGGCUGGGUUCAGGUCUUCACCAAGUCACAUGCUGAGCCCCAGCUGCUGAGGAGAGCACUGAGUCUGAAAAAGUCUUUAGAAGCUGCACUGCACAAACACGAAGAGCUUCACAUCGACUGCAAGACCCGAGUCCGCAAAGUGAUGAAGGCUACCUCAGAUGGAGAGGAGGAGGAGGACGAUGAUGAUGAGUUUGAAGAGGUUCCAGAAAAAGAAGGAUAUGAGCCACACAUUCCUGAGCAUCUACGAGCCGAGUACGGUCUGGAUCCAUCUCCUUCCACCUCAACACAAAAAAAGCCCCCUGCCAAAAGACCUCCAGCUCCCGCUCUUCCACCCACCUCGGUUUUCACCUCCAGGCGGCUAAAGAGGCUUAUAGAGGAAGAGCAAGAUCCAACUUCGUCUGCUGCCACACUGCGUGUCCUCGGACAGAAGAUCCCCCUUCCUGUAGCAUCAAGGAGCAGCAGCAGCAGCACUACCAGCCCUGGUUUAUCUCAGUCGGGCUCAGAGCAGAGGGAUCCUCAAGUUCCAGUUGUUCCUUUUGGUUUGGAUCUGUACUACUGGGGCCAGGAGCAGCCCAGCGCUGGCAAGAUCAUCAAGUCGGCCUCUCAGCAUCAGUUCUGGGUUCCUGCAGAGGUCGAGGAGGAGGUGGAGAACCAGGAUCUGUUAGCGCAGAGUAAGAGCAGAUACAUCUCCUUCCCUGGGAACUUUGUGCCUGUCAGCCAUUUCUGCAGAGCCCCACUGGGAAAUGGCACGCUGUGUCAGCGGCAGGACCGCGUCAAGUGCCCUUUCCACGGCCUAAUCAUCCCCCGCGACCAGGAGGGACGGCCGUGUAGAGAAGAGGACCAGCGGAGGGAGGAGCAGGAAGAAAGGAGGAAGAGGGAGCAGGAACCUGACUGGCGUGAUGAAGAUUUGAUGCGCGACAUUGAAGCAGCAACCGGAGAGGACCUGGGCUCCAGUCGGGUGGGAGGUAAAAAACGGAAGGGGAAGAAGAAGAAAUACCCUAACCUGAGCGAUCUGAAGCAGAGCAGCAACACGUCACGCUCCAGACUGGAGAGAAAAGUCUUCAACAAGAGCACCAUGCGCAGAGUGGCUCAGGUGUUGAGUAAAGCCGACAGGAGAAAACACGACAAGUUCUCCAACCAGUUUAACUACGCUCUCAACUGAGCUCCAUCCAGCCACCAUCGCACCAAGAACCAGGAUAAGGCGGGCUGUUUCUGUUGCUGUUAAGGGUCCUCUUUCCAAAGGAUCAGGCAUUAUUUAAAGCUACUGAAAGAGUCGCCAAUGAGUCACCAUUUUAAAGCAGUGAUGUGUGUGUUUAUGUGCAGCUGUCUCUGAUGGAAGGAACAUUCACAAUAUUAAUGUUUUGGGGGGUGAUCAUGUCUGACAUGAUCUGAUGAUCUAACAGCUGACCAGCGCUGGUCACGGCUCUCUCUCUAAAGUCUGUUUAAGCUGUAGGGACUGCAACUAGCCCAGGCCUGGCUGUCAUUAAUUAGAUGUGCAUACAGUCUGAUCUACCUCCAUGAUAAACACCUGACUAACUCACAUUCACAGACUUCCUGUAAAGUUUGGCUGAUGAAGAGGACAUUUCAUAUAAAUAUACCCUGUGUGUCCAUUCUGUACCCAGCCUCAUUUUUUUUUAACUCUUUUUUUUAUUUCUACUCUUGCUGAAUGUGUUGGCCAAUUUGUGUAUUAUGGGGUUUGAUACAUGGGUCGGGUUUAAGACUAGCGUGUGUAUUAAAAUAAUUAGUACCAGA